CAUUUGUGUUGUGGGUAGGGACAGACAUCAGGAAUCACAUGAUUUUAUUUCCUGAAUGUAUCGGUUAGGGGAGGAGCUCUUGCUUUUUGUUUCUCUCUUUAGCCGCCGCCCCCCAGAGUGAUGUCAUAGAGUGAGAGAAAGAGCGCCUGAGCAAAUUGAUAGGCAGCCAUGUUAUGAUAUGUAAGGGGGGCAAUUACCCGUACUGCCAUUUACUGGGGUGCUUAGGGACCAAUUACUCCUUAUGGGGUAUAUAUAUAUAUAUUUGACUUCUCAUUACCAAAUUAGCCCUGACGGAGAAAGCAAUGGGGAGGGGCAGUUGUACUAAAGAUCAGGGCUAAUCAGGGGAUUUACAGGCCUUUCUUAGCUUAGCGCCCCCAGGAGUGAAAGAUAAUCGAGGCAUUAAUUCUCUCCACUUAAUCCUCCCUGCUGUGAAGAUGAGGAGUCACAGAGAGAGGCAGUCAGUCUGCUCUGCCCCAAGUACGGACCUCGGAGCGACCGGCAUGGCUCUAAGUGUAUCAGCCAUUGCCCCGUGGGUGUGUCUCGUAAUCUUCCUAAUCGCCAUCCAGGGGGUCUUCAUAGGGGAAUCCGCAGAAUUGUCCCCUCCCCGUGAAGCACGAAGGGUCAAUGAGAAAGAUAUGUUGACGGAACUUCAGGACGUACUGGAGAAACUUCAGUCCAAAAGGAUCUUGUCCUGGGAGUCAAAACUCAAUCAAGUCCCCAAGGUGAGAGUCAGUACAGUGCACCCUGGGAGAUGUCUGCGCAGUAAAGAGAGGGGCGCGGAUCGGAAAGCUCUGCGACUGCCCCAGGAGGAGCAACUGCAACUACUACUUCCUGAGAUGCUUGUGACCCGGGGGGGUCUCUAAACUGCCCCCCACCCUACUAAUACCCCUCUAGGAGCUGUGUGUGGCAUAGCAGGACAUUCAGCCAUUGCCUGUGUGUGUAUAAGGAACAUACAGAGUAGGACUGGGAGCUGAACCCCACAGACUGGAUAUGAGGGUGCCCCCCCCCCCCCCCCACUUGGACCUGCCGAUUAUUUCGACUUCCCCCCCCCCCCCAACGGAUCAGCCCAAUGUGAGCUCACAGGGACUAUUUACAGUUUGGAAGAGAUUAGCAGCUUGUUUGCUUUCUGAUCCUCCGGCACAGAGACAUCCGCACCCCCCGCCCCCCAGGGCGGCGAUAGACUGAUCCACCUGCUGAAAGCUGAUUAGUGGGGCCGGGCGGGUAAUGUGUCUGCUAAUAAAGCUGGGAUUUACACUCA